AAUUUCUUACCAGAAGUGCUAGAAAAAUGGUAGCCUCUCUUCACACCCGACAUGGACCGGAAAUGGAAGGAUACCAACAGCAAGAUAUAGGUUUUUAUCAUGAUUUUAAGAAUUAUAAGCUCAUAAAUCUCUAACCCUUAUUAGGAGAAGGAAGAAAAAUGCUAAAUCUCACCUUAUUCUAACGAGAAGAAGCUGCUGGCAUAGGUUGGGCUUGAAAAGGAAAAAUUCUGCCCGAUUCUGCUCUUCCCGACCCCCUUUGCAGCCGAACAAGAAGCAAGCCCGACAGCAGCCCUCCCUUGAAGAAAAAUCGAAAUUCCAGAUCUGCUCUGUUCUUCCUCCCCUACUGUCGGUUCCAGCUUGGUGAGGGUGGGGAUUUUUCCAGUUUUCUGAUUUCUUGAUUUCUCCCCAAAUUGCCGCCGGCCUUCCCUUAGCUUGCAGCUCCGGUUUUUUCUUGCAAAAUUCUGGAUUUAUUUUUAUUCCUUGUGCUUCCCAUGUCACCCCAACCUCCAGUAGCUUGUUUCAUGCCAUUUGCUACUCUAGAUGAUCCUCAAUUUGAGUUUUGGGGACAAAACUCCUUUUUAGGAGGGCCCGAUUCUGCUCUUCCCGACCCCCUCUGCAGCCGAACAAGAAGCAAGCCCGACAAUAGCCCUCCCUUGAAGAAAAAUCGAAAUUCCAGAUCUGCUCUGUUCUUCCUCCCCUACUGCCGGUUCCAGCUUGGUGAGGGUGGGGAUUUUUCCCGUUUUCUGUAGAUUUCUUGAUUUCCCCCCAAAUUGCCGCCGGCCUUCCCAUAGCUUGCAGCUCCAGUUUUUGCUUGCAAAAUUCUGAAGUGCUAGAAAAAUGGUAGCCUCUCUUCACACCCGACAUGGACCGGAAAUGGAAGGAUACCAACAGCAAGAUAUAGGUUUUUAUCAUGAUUUUAAGAAUUAUAAGCUCAUAAAUCUCUAACCCUUAUUAGGAGAAGGAAGAAAAAUGCUAAAUCUCACCUUAUUCUAACGAGAAGAAGCUGCUGGCAUAGGUUGGGCUUGAAAAGGAAAAAUUCUGGUGAGGGCUGGGGAAAUCUCA